CGAGAUUUCAAAGUCGUGACUUCCGUGUCCAAGAAUAAACAGCAGCGUAUUUUUUUACGGAAGAGGAAGAUAGUCUCGUAUGGUAGUUGCGUGUAUAGCUUUCUGGUGGUCAACACUUUUGUUGUGAUUGUCCUGUUAUCACCCGAAACGUUUACCAAACACAAGGACAACAUAUAGCUCUGGAUAUUGUUCGUUGUCUGUAGCUGUUCUUUGCAGCGGCCACCGAUCGGCAGCAGUGUUGAUUUCCACUAUUAAACCAACGCGCGACGUCUGACCCGUUCUGACCUUGGGAACAAUUUCAACAUGUCUGCCACUACAACUGGAAUAGAUGACCUGCAGGGUGGGAGAAAAAGAAAGCUAGGAAGUGAGUUUGAUGAAGAUGAGUCUUCACAGAGUACUACCACAACAAAGUAUGCCAAAGAGAAUCAUAGUGAAAUUGAGAGAAGAAGACGUAACAAGAUGACAGCGUAUAUUACUGAAUUAUCUGAUAUGGUACCAACAUGCAGUGCGUUGGCAAGGAAACCCGAUAAAUUAACCAUAUUACGUAUGGCUGUAUCGCAUAUGAAAUCAUUACGAGGGACCGGAAAUACAAGUACAGAAGGCACAUAUAAGCCGUCGUUUCUGACAGAUCAGGAACUCAAACACCUAAUAUUAGAAGCGGCAGAUGGGUUUUUAUUUGUCAUUUCCUGCGAGACUGGUAGAGUAAUUUAUGUAUCAGACUCAGUCACACCAGUAUUAAACCAAACACAGUCUGAAUGGUUCAAUAACACAUUAUUUGACCUUGUACAUCCUGAUGACAUUGAAAAAUUACGUGAACAGCUUUCUACAUCUGAAUCACCAACUACUGGGAGAAUCUUAGAUUUGAAAACUGGCACCGUGAAAAAAGAAGGUCAUCAAUCCUCUAUGCGUCUUUGCAUGGGGUCAAGACGAGGGUUCAUUAUACGAAUGAAGAUCGGCAGCACGCAGUUAGAUCCCAUGACGUAUGGUAGAUACCACCAUAUGAGGAAUAAUCGUAACGGUUUGGGUCAUAAAGACGGGGAGCAGUAUGCAGUUGUGCACUGCACUGGAUAUAUCAAGAAUUGGCCACCUGCAGCAGGCAUGGAGCACCAGGAAGUCGAGGAAGCGCAUAGUUCCAACCAUUACUGCCUUGUCGCUAUUGGACGUCUUCAGGUGACCAGUUCUCCAAACUGUGCAGACCUUGCAGGAUCUGGCACGCCAACUGAGUUUAUUUCUCGUCACAGCAUGGAUGGAAAGUUCACAUUUGUAGAUCAGAGAGUCACAGGUGUACUUGGUUAUCAACCGCAAGAGCUGCUCGGUAAAUCCUGCUUCGAUUAUUAUCACCCUGACGAUUUGAGCCACUUAAAAGAUAGCUUCCAACAAGUUUUAAAAUUAAAAGGUCAAGUCUUGUCUGUAAUGUAUCGAUUCCAAGCCAAGAAUCGAGAGUGGGUAUGGCUACGGACAAGUUGUUUUAGUUUUCAAAAUCCCUACACAGACGAAGUGGAAUACAUUGUUUGUACAAAUACAUCUGUCAAAAAUCUUCAACAGAAUCAACAACAACCUGAGCUAGAAGGAAACAAAGAGGGAGGUGGUGAAAUACCCCAUUUACAAUACCCACCUCCCUCGACAACACAUUUGUACCAAACGCCACAAGCUACAUCUGAUCCUCUCGUCAACAACAGCCGAGGUCCCGGUGAAGAGAGAAAGGACGACAAGACAGAUGGGAUCACUCGCUAUACCACAAGACCAGAUACCGAAAAUUAUCCAAACUUGAUUGCGCCAACUUCUGCAGAAGCCAACAAAGCUGGAGCUGCCGCAACCCCCGGCUAUCCAAGCAGUGCCUAUGCCAGGUCGCCACAGACGCAGUAUCCAAGCAGCGCUCUGGCAAGUACGGUGUUGCAGAGUGUAAGCUCACUGCCAUCAAGGAAAAAUUAUCAUGGACCUUCGCAGGGACCAUGGCCAAGUCCUGUGUCUUACCCAAGCCCAGUUGAUGGUAGCAGCGGCUCCAGUAGCUCACAGUCUGGGACCUAUCCAUCACAUGCAGCAACAGGACAGUCUUCAACUACACUUCCAGUGACAUCAUCACCUGGACCUACAUACACUCAGUUGCAACCCCAGGGAAGUGUCACACGGCCAGUAGGUUAUCCAUAUCAACCAGACAAAGGUGCACAUUCCCGUCCAGGCCACCCAUCUGCUCACCCAAUGCAAGGUGCACAUCCCCGUCCAAGCCAUGCGUCUGCUCACCCAAUGCAACAAGAAGCGACUCCAAGUAAUGUUUACUCUGGGACCGGGGAGCGCCAUCCACUGUCAAGAAGGGAUCCCGCUUUAUGGGCGCAGUGGCAAGCGGCUGCAGGUACUCCAAGCGGUGACCACGCGCACGGAUCUUUACAGCCUGGACAACAUACUGAAGACAUGACUGAUAUCUAUAGAAUGCUUGGCGAUCAUCCGCCACAGCCUCCUUACAACAAUGUUGAUGAAUUCGGUGAUUUGUCAAUGUUCACACCAUUUUCUGAAUAGCCUUCAGCAGGAAUCUGUUUGUGCUACCCACCCCCCACCCCCCUCUUAUUUUUAUUUGUGUUAUUUGAAAUGUUUGUAUUGCCCCUCUGUUCUUUGGAUUAUGGUUCACCCUAAAUUUGUAAUUGUGAACUCACAACUCAGCAUUUUAAAUAAGCCAAAGUAAAAAUAAUCUCUAUCCCCUCUUUACCUAGUUGUAUCCCCUCUAACAAAAUAGUUUAGUCCAUUUCAAGUUGCUGUUUUAUUUUUUUAAGCGUGAUUUAUUCACUUGGAAUUUGUUGAAGCAAAACAAAAUGCACAGAUACAUGUAUACACAGUUUUAUAUGUUUCCAUAUUACGUCUUUAUUCUAUUUAUUUGAUGCUGUUAAUUUGUAUUUCAAAUUCGCUCUUAAUACAUACAUAUAUUGGUUUAAUAUGUAUAAAAUAGCCAAAAGGGAAAUAAAAGGUGGUACAAAUUUUGAAGUGAUCACUUUGUUAGACUGGUAAUUGUUCUGUUUGUGAAUUUUUUGUAAUGAUAGAAAGAAUCAAAUUUCUAUGGUGAAAGGGUAACACCUUGCUUGUGAUUGGUUAAUACAAGAGCAGCCAUUUUGAUUUUGAUUUGCAAUAUGACAUGUAGUUGGAUGCUAUGAAAGGAUGAAUGUGAUAGGCUGAUAUGAUAAGCUUAGAUUUUAAUUUAUACAUUUCUAUUAAUUACUAUAUUUGUAAAAAAAAAAAAGAAGGAAUUUUAAAUUUUGCCUUUGGCUUUAACUGAAAGCAGCAGA